AUGGUGUUAGCUCCCAACAACACAGAGACCCAGGUGACUGAAUUCAUAAUGAUGUGCUUUCCAGGAAUGCAGGACACACAACACUGGCUAUUGAUUGUCCUGGCUCCUCUCCUUGUUUUGGCUUUUGGGGCCAACUUUGUGUUAUUAUUCACCAUCUGGCAGGAGGCAUCUUUGCAUGAACCCAUGUACUACCUGCUUGCCAUCCUUUCUGUGCUGGAUGUCAUCCUUUGCCUCACACUCAUCCCUAAGGUGCUGGUCAUCUUCUGGUUCAAUAUGAAGCCCAUCAGCUUUGUGGGCUGCUUCCUGCAGAUGUUCAUCAUGAAUACCUUCCUUCCCAUGGAAUCCUCCACCUUUCUGGUCAUGGCCUAUGAUCGCUAUGUGGCCAUCUGCCACCCACUGCGCUACCCAUUCAUCAUCACAGAACAGUUUGUCAUUAAUGUAGCCAUCUUCAUUGUCUUCCACAAUCUUCUAGCCACACUGCCCACUCCAGUCCUGGCUGCUAGACUCAACUACUGUGCCAGCAACAUGACAGAGAAUUGUAUAUGUGCCAAUAUUUCUGUAGCAAAGCUCUCCUGUGGGGAUAUUCACCUAAAUAAGCUCUGUCAAUUUGUGACUAUGGCCUGGACUCUUUUGGGCUCUGACCUCAUCCUUAUCUUCCUCUCCUAUACUUUCAUCCUCAGAGCAGUUCUUAGACUAAAGGCAAAAGGGGCAGUUGUCAAAGCUCUGAGCACUUGUGGUUCUCAUUUUAUCCUUAUCCUCUUCUUUAGCACCAUCCUGCUGGUUCUUGUCUUUACUCAUGUGGCCAAGAACAAAGUUUCCCCUGAUAUCCCUAUCUUACUUAAUGUCCUGCAUCAUGUCAUUCCUGCAGCUCUGAACCCCAUUGUCUAUGGAGUACGAACCCAGGAGAUUAAACAAGGGAUUCUGAAAUUACUGAAAAAGUGUGGGUAA